UGCUUAAGCAGAAAUCAUAUUUCCCUUAAGCUGCAGAUUCAGAAAGUGAGGUACUAAAAACAUCAUUCAGAGAGAUAUGUGUAAAUACAACUUGGUCAAAGACACUUCAUGACCAAUAUUAGACAGUUAAAGUAAUUAUUUUCCAAGUGAAAGCUUGGGUAGUAAUAUAGCCCAUGAAUAGACUCACAUACUUCUGUGUGUUAUAUUACUUUGCUCUGGUAAAUACUCAGUCAUCCAUAGGAAAUGGGUGCCAACGUGGUGAUGGCUCCUCUGCUCUACCUGGAGAAAUGUGCAUUUCCACCAACCAGUAUGGAGACAGUAGUGAGGAGAAACAAGGUUUCCCCUGUGACAAGUGUGAUUUUGAAACCAAUCUAUGCAGAGCUCUUCAUGAAUUUAAUUUACAGACUGGAUGGAUAAGAAGAAAUGGUCAAUCUGGCAUAGGACCACCAUACUCUGACCACAGUGGGAAUGAGAGCACUUAUUUCCUCUCAUUUUCCCCUGGAAUGCAGUCCUCUUCUGCAACUUUAAGGACAAAUGUUUUCCUUCCAACUGAUGAAGAACGUGUCUGCCAGAUUACAUUUCAUUACUGGGUCAGUCAAAUGAGUGGAACAUUGAUGGUGGGACUUCAAAAGCACUCUGAAGAUACUGUUACAAGUAUCUGGCAAGUUUCAAGAGAACUGCAAAGUCAGUGGAAAGUAAAUACCAUAACAAUCAAUAGCACCAAGAAGUUUGAGGUUAUCUUUUGGGGGAUGGUGGAGACCCAGAGACAAGAUGAAACUGUUGCCAUUGAUGAUAUUACUUUCAGUGAAGGAUGUUCCUUGGCAUAUGCACCACAGAUUUCCAGUUUUGAGCUUGACAUAUGUGAGUGGCAUUCUGACCAGCUGGCUGAGCCUUCUCAGUGGGCACGGCUGCAAGCUGAGCACAAGAUUGCCUCCUGUUCCCUCCUGAAGGAUUGGAGCAACAAUACUGAAGGCCAUUUUGAAUGGUUAGAAGCUAAUGACAAUGCAUUAUAUGAAAGUGCUUACCUAAACAACUCCAUGUGUCAUUGCUCCAGCAAGAAUUGCCAUUUUCAGUUUCAUUACUCCAUGGCAGAUAGCAGCGUUCUCAAGGCAGUACUGUUUAUUAAUCAGGAGGAAUAUGUCUUAUGGGAAACCAACAUCGCGAGUAAGAAGGAAUGGGUCAAAGUAAAUAUACAGCUACCAAGAGGACUAGAAAAAUUAAAGGUUAUGUUUAAAGGAACACUCCAGAGCAGGGCAGGUUUCAUUUGUCUGAAUAACAUCCGGCUCUUGGACAUUGCACCAUCAGAGCCACCAGGUUUCUGCUCCUUAGAAGAAUUCACCUGCAGGGAUGGGCAGUCCACAGCACUUGGAUCAGCCUGUGACUCCCACCCAGAUUGUUCUGAUGGCAGCAAUGAGGACCCAGCAGCCUGCUCUAAUUACACCUUUUGUGAUUUUGAGACUGACCUUUGUGGAUGGAGGCCACUGAGCAGAGGUGAUGCUGACUGGAACAUAAUGAAAGAACACACUUCCCUUGACAGGAAACUCCCUGGCAGUGGUCAUACAACUAAUACGAGGCAUGGAGCAUUCAUUUACUUCAGUGGAUCACAUCAGACGAACACAAAGGUGGCCAUGUCUCAUCUGGAGAGCCCUUUUCUUGUCAAGCCAUCCCCUGGGCUCUCCUGCUGUCAGGUAAGAUUUUGGUACAGGCUAUCUCAGGGGUCCCAGCUUUCUGUCUUUAAGAGAACUGUGUUGGAUGGAAGUUUGGAAAAAUUAUGUGACAUUUCAGGAUCGCCUGAGAUGAAGUGGACAAAAGGGAAUAUACUUGUAGAGAGUGCAGCUGAGGAAUUACCCUUUCAGAUUAUUUUAAGAGGUACUAUUCUAACAACAAAUGCUACUGUUGCUAUUGAUGACAUCAGUAUAACAGAAGAAUGUGUAUUUGUGAAUAGAUCACUUCCAGAUGUCGGCCAGGAAAGUGAAGGGAAAACAGAAUUUGCAGAUGCUAAUGCUUCAUCUUUUUACUGUCCACCGGGAUUUUUUUCGUGUGGGGAUGGACAAUGUAUUUCAUCUGACAAAUUUUGUGAUUUUACGCCUGACUGUUCAAAUAGCCAGGAUGAAGCCAAGUGCCCUGCUGUAUGUGACUUUGAAAGAGAGAGCUGUGGCUGGAUUGAAACUGUAAAUACAGAUGAAUUUGAUUGGGUGAGAAGUUCCAGUAGUGCUCUUCCACCUGUGUUUCAGAAGCAAGCUCCUCCACGGGAUCACACCUACAACAAACCUGAAGGUCAUUUUAUGUUCAUUAUGAAGAACAGCACCAGCAUUUCACAAAUAGCUCGGCUACGAAGCCCAAAGUUCAGGCAAACUGGAGCAAAUUGCACACUGUCCUUUUGGUAUUACAACUAUGGACAGUCAGUUGGGGCAGCAGAGCUGCAAUUGCUUGUAGAUGGGCUGAAACAGCCUACUGUCCUUUGGAGGACAUAUUACAACGAGGGAAAUCAGUGGUUGAAGGCAGUCAUACAGCUUGGACGCCUUCCACAUGCUUUCCAAUUUUCACUUGAUAAAAUCAGUCUGGGUUUUUAUGACGGUGUCUCAGCAAUUGAUGAUAUCGGAUUUGAAAACUGUGCUCUCUCACCUCCAGCAUUAAGUUGUGAAGGUCCAAAUCACUUCUGGUGCAGAGACACAAAAGCAUGCAUUGACAGUUUGUUGGUCUGUGAUCUUGUGGAUGACUGUGGGGAUGGAUCAGAUGAAGACAACUGUAACCCUGACCUACAGUGUAACUUUGAAAAUGGGCUGUGCAAUUGGGAGCAGAGUGUAAAGGAUGACUUUGACUGGAUCAGAAUACAAGGUCCAACCCCCACGGUUAAUACAGGCCCUUUAAAGGAUCACACGACAGGCACAGUCAGGGGACACUACAUUUACAUGGAAUCCUCUGGGCCACGCCAAUUCCAAGAUAAAGCAAUUUUGCUUAGUCCUCUCUUCAGCCCUUCUGACAAUGGAACCUGUGUUUUCCGCUUUCAUUAUCACAUGUUUGGAAAACAAGUUUACAAGCUGUCAGUCUUCCAAAGAACUGUGAGUAAUGCUAGGGGAUGGCCAUUGUGGUACAAGUUUGGAAAUCAAGAAAACAGAUGGAUCAGACAAACACUCCGCAUCAGCAGUUCUAAACCAUUUCAGAUCUUGAUGGAAGGUACUGUAGGCGAUGGUUUCACUGGAGACAUUGGACUUGAUGACAUGUCUUUUCUAGGCUGUACUCUUUACAAUGGAAACUUGCCCACUAUCUCUACAACUACUUCAGGAACUUCAGUUCCUGCCACACUCCCUAUGAACAACUGCACAGAGAAGGAGUUUGUCUGUAGAGCCUCUGGUCGCUGCAUCCACAUGACCCAGAAGUGUGAUUUCAGACCUGACUGCUCUGAUCAGUCUGAUGAAUCAGAUUGUGUUAUGGAAGUCUGUGACUUUGAAGAUAAAAACCUCUGUGGAUGGCAUCAACCAGCCUCUGAACAGAUGUCAGGAAGUUAUUUCAUACGUACCACAAACAUAUUCAAGUGGAAACUUGGAAGAGGGGCAAAUCUCUACCCUGAGCAAGAGCAACACAGCCCAUUAACCGAUCAUACUACGGGUACUGAAGAAGGAUGGUAUCUGUUUGCAGACAGCUCAAAUGGAGAAUUUGGUCACACAACUGACUUUGCUACCCCGGUCAUCUCCUUUACGGGCCCCAGAUGCAAAGUUAUAUUCUGGAACUACAUGAAUGGUUCAACAAUAGGUUCUCUGGAGGUACUCUGUAAAACCAGUAACAGGACUUCUAAAUUGUGGACUCAAAGUGGCAGCCAAGGUCCCCAGUGGAACAGAGCAGAAGUGUUCUUGGGAAUUCGAUCAAAUUUUCAGGUUAUUUUCAGGGCAAAACGUGGUAUCAGUUACAUGGGAGACGUGACAGUGGAUGAUAUUACCUUUGAAGAUUGUUCCCCUUUGCUCAUCUCAAGCAAACCAUGCACAUCAGAGGAAUUCACAUGUGCCAACAAGUACUGCAUCCCAAAGAAUAAUCUGUGUGAUUUUGUAAACGACUGUGCAGACAACUCGGAUGAAAGCCCUACUAUUUGCAGUACAUCUAUUGGGCAUUGCAAUUUUGAGUUUGAUCUUUGUGGGUGGAAGCAAGAUGAAAAUGAUGAUUUUGACUGGAACCUGAGAACUAGCAGUACAUCAAAAUUGGGCACUGGACCAGCUACUGAUCAUACACUGCAAGAGCCAUCUGGUCAUUAUAUUUUUAUAAAGAGUUCAUUUUUUCAGCUCCCAGGACAGAAAGCUAGGAUUUCCAGUCCUGUCCUAAGCAGAAGGAAUAAAAACUGCAAGAUAAUUUUCUAUUACCAUAUGUACGGAGCUCACAUUGGAUCAUUGAUUGUCUACCAAAGAACUACAUUAAAACAUGAAAGAAUUCUUCUCAAUCUUACUGGAAACCAGGGAAAUUUCUGGCAGCGCAAGGCACUGACACUGGCUGGAAAUGGAAACGAAGAUUUUCAAGUUAUCUUUGAAGGGAUAGCUGGAAAUGGUCCCAAAGAUGGCAUAGCACUCGAUGACCUUACAUUUUCCAAGGAGUGCUUACCAUUGCAGGAGUUUUUACCAGCAGAACCCACAAAGCUGCCUCCAACAGGCUCCUGCUCACACGGCCAUUGGCAGUGCCAGAACGGCAACUGUUACAGACCAGAACAAAGCUGUGAUUUUGAGGACAACUGUGGGGAUAAUACAGAUGAGAGUGAAUGUGGAACUUCCUGCACCUUUGAGAACGGCAGAUGUGGCUGGAAAAAUUCUCUGGCUGACAAUUUUAACUGGGUGCUAGGGAUCAGCUCGCCUCAAAGUCUUAGACCUUCUGGGGACCACACCUUUGGAAAUAGAACUGGACACUUCCUGUACCUUGAGGCUACUGCAGUAGGCCUAAUAAAUGAAAAAGCCCAUGUGAAGAGUUCCAUAUGGAAAGAAUCAAGUAGGACUUGUGUGAUGAGCUUCUGGUACUUCAAGUCAUCAAAAGCCAUGGGACAUAUUCAGGUUCUGAUUAAGACUGAUGAUGGGAUUGUGAAAAUAUGGAGUGAAUCAGGAAAUCAUGGUUAUGAGUGGAACAAAGCUGAGUUACACUUGGGGAAGCUGAGGAAUUUUGAAGUUAUCUUUGAAGGCAUUCGUACCAGAGACUUAGGAGGAGGAGCAGCAAUAGAUGACAUAGAGUUCAACAAUUGCACCACAGUUGGAGAGAAUCCCAGGGAAUGCCCUGCCUUCACUGAUUUUGUGUGUGGGAAUGAGAAUUGCAUAGAGUCUCAGUUCGUCUGUGACUAUAAACCAGACUGUGAAGACUCAUCUGAUGAAGCUGACUGCAGUUACUACACAAAUAUUCCUGGAAGCUGUAACUUUGAAACACAAGACCAAGAAUGGACAAGUGUAUGUGGAUUAACACAAGACCCUAAUGAUGAUUUUGACUGGAAUAUUAGCAACAGUGCUGUCAUGGGACAAAUGGGUCCUCAUACUGACCACACACCAGGUAAAGGACAGAGGUUUUUGUAUGUAAACUCAUCUGCCCAGAAGGAAGGAAACAGAGCAAGGAUAACUACCACCAAAUUCUUCCCAGCUAGUCUUGGAGUCUGUAGGGUUCGGUUCUGGUUCUGGAUGUUUGCUUCUAGGCAAACAGGAGUCUUAAAGGUGUAUACAGUUGAAGAACAUGGAAUGGAUAUUCUUAUGUGGUCUUCUAGUAGAAACGAAGAAAACAAAUGGAUGUAUGCAAGUGUAGUCCUCUCCAGUAACAGCCCUUUCAAAGUUGCCUUUGAAGCUGAAGUGGGGUGGAGUGAACCCACAGAAUUUGCUCUAGAUGAUAUUUCUUUCACCCCAGAAUGCAUUGAUGGAGGAUCAGCUGAUCCACACCCUCCAACUUGCAGCAGUGACAAGUUCACAUGCGCGUAUGUGCAGCAGUGUUUGUCCCUCGCUGCGAGAUGCAACGGGGUUGAAGAUUGUAUGGAUGGAAGUGAUGAAAUGAAUUGUCCCAUGGAGAGACCUACCACCGUGACUGCAGGCUCCUGCAAGGAAACAGAGUUCCUAUGUGCCUCCACUGGCUGUAUCCCAUCCCUUCUGAAAUGCGAUGGUGUGUCUGACUGCCGCCUUAACGAAGAUGAAAUUGGCUGCCCCAUUAAAGAUUGUUUCAAUGGUUCUUUGUUGUGUGCAUCAACUAAUCAAUGCAUAGCAGUCUCCCAGCGUUGUGAUGGAAUUGCAGACUGCAUUGAUUUCAGCCUUGAUGAGUCCAGCUGUUCAGUUUGUCCUGAAGAAUACUGCAAAAAUGGAGGAAGAUGCAUCAUCAAAGGUGACAUUCCAUUAUGCCAAUGUGGAAAAGAAUGGGAAGGAAACCGUUGCCACAUAAGUGCUAAGCCUCUUCAGCCUCCAACUCUCCUACAAAAUGAUAUUUGGAUUGGGUUUGGUAUUGGUUUCUUCUUGAUUAAAAUUACAGCUGCUGCCUUGUAUUUUCUUUCGAAGAAGAAAGUGCCAGAAACGAAAGUACAGGAAACUGUAAAUGUGUCAUUUGCCAAUCCAUUGUACAGAGACCUUAGUUCAUCUGAGAAAGUAAAGUCUUCUGGGUAUGCGGCCUCACCUGCUGUUCAAAUCAGUGUUUCACCAUGGCACGAGUAUCUGUUUAAUGAAGAUGUGAAUGCUACUUCUUUUCCAAAUCCUCUCUAUGGUGUAGCAUCAGAAGACAUGGAGAAAUUAUGUAGUUCCUUGAAAACAUAAACAUACACCAGGAUCAAUAUUGAUUGUAACUCUUUGCCUGAAGAUUUUUUCUAAAAUUUGAAAGUAUGUCAUGAUACUGAAGUGUUUGCAAUAUGAAUGAAUAACCCUUCAUAGAAUAACUCUUUUAUUAAAACAAUUAUGUUCAGAAAAUAACUUUAUAUUAAAAAUGGAAUCCAUACAUAAGUAAAACAUAAUUAUAUAUAGUCUUCUGUCAUUUCUGUUGGUGGAGAAAGAGAUUGAUAAUUAUAACUGUGAAUUCAUUUUACAUUUGUGCAUUUUAAAUUCCAGUAUGUUAAUAAAAUGUUUAAGCAAAUCAAGAUUCUUGAGGUUUGGGAAUCAUAAUUUUAUGUCUGGUAUUUGAGGAAGGAUGACUUAAAUAUUUCUGUAAUUUUACAUUAGAAAGGGAUUUUAACUGACUCUUUUAAUGUUCCAAGAAGUAGAAGCAAAAGAAAAGUCUUUGUAUAAUUAGAAACAUAUCAAGCUAAAUCACCAGUGGUCAUGAAUCAUAGAUUUGCAUAUCAGCUCAUCAUGUAAUUCAUUAGUGUGACAUACUAGUACAUAAAUUUAUUUAAAAAAAUGUGUGUUUAUUAUUAACCUUGAUAACUAUAUCUGACCAAAUUUCCCUCUGGUCAGCUCUGCAGUUCUGCAGUUCUUACCACAGUGCUACUGAUAAAUUUAGCUUAGUGGUUGACAGAGGGUGGAAACUAGCAUGUUUAGGAAACCAUAUUUCUGCUGAAUAGGUUGGCCUCCCACACAGCUGAAACUUAUGUCGGCCCGUGCCUACAUGAGAAAGAUAUUGGGAAGGAAUUCUGGAUUGCCUUGUGAUUUUGAUUGCCAUCCUCCGUGGUACCAGGCGUAUCUUGUAACAUGUUUACACUUUAAAUAACCUGACAAUUUGUCAUCUUCUAUAAUGCCCACUUGCAUUAUAAGAUCAUCAUUUUUAGCUUGAAGGCUUAAGUGUUCCUGCUGUGCUUGUGUUUUCUUCCCAUACUGUAUUUCUACAGUGUGCAUAAUUUUAAACCCACUGGCAUGUUUUGAAGUUACUAAACUCCUACAAAUUUCAUAAAAACAGACAUCUGCACAGUAGAUGGUAUCUCUUCAUUCAGGGAAAGCUGAAUUUCUUGACAUUUAUUAACCUUUUGAGACUCCAGAUAGAAAAGCACAUUAAAGUCUGGCUUCAUUCCAUCAUGCACAGGACUUACUGGUUUUGUUUGGGGUUUGUUUUGGUUUUCUUUCACUUUUUCUUCAUAGCAUAACCAUAGUCUAUAUCUUUCGAUAUAUCUAUAUAUCUUUGUACUUUGGGCCACAAAACUACUUUUAACUUAUUCUUUAUAGUCUGAUUGACAUGUUGUUUCACUGGUAGCUGAAGCAACAAAGCAUGAUGUUUGCCCAUCUCAUACCUUUCUAGCAUUAUGCUCAUAAAUUCAUCUCUGCUGCAUUGUAAAACCUUCUGUUUCACUUUCCUCUAUCUUCUGUAAUCCACUGUAGUAUCCUCAAUUCUUGCCCAAACUCCACAGUCCACUCAAAAACUUUGUCUCUUGAGCUUGUUUCCUUAAUAUGUUCUAACUACAAACUGAAAAAGAAGCAUCGAUCUAUAUAUAGGCCUAUAUAUACUAUAGGCCCAGAGCUACCUGUGUGCUGAUCAGCUGCUGCACAUGUGGCUGCUUGACUGGUUGGCAGCACAGGUAACAAACUCUCACUGCAACUGCUCCUUCUCUGUGUCCUGAAUUUGUGUGGCUGUCCCCUGCCCCACUGCUGCUUUAAUGAAGCCACUCAGAGCUUCACGUCUUUUCUACACCCACCUGUCCUAAUGCCAAGUUUAGUUGAAAGUUACCAAGUGUUAUUCAUUAAGGUUUUAAAUAAGGAGCUGUGACAAGAGCUGUUUGCUUUCUUUCUCACAUGCUGUUUUCUUUCUGAAACAGAAACACAGAAUUUUCUUAUUGUACUUGUACCAAUUAAGACACAGAGAAUACACUUGAUCCAGCAAAGUGCCAAGCGCCUCCAGCUCCUGAACUCUAGAAUUUUGAUAAAUCUCUGGGAGAUGAUUGAUCUCCAUGUUAUAAACAGGCUUUGAACAUUCCUACAAGGUCAAGCCUAUGUACUCAAAUUGUCAUUUAUUCUGCAACAGACUAGCACUGCUUGCAGAAUUUCAUUAAACACUAAAAUGCUGGUUAUGCUAUAGUUCUUAAAUCUUCAUUCAUUGUGUCACACUAUUUAUAUCUGUAAAAAAAAACAACAAUGCAAAGGAUAAGCUCAAUAAUGGUAGAACUUUAUCACAUUCUCCCUUAUGAAACAAAACAUAUUUACUUUACUAGUAACAGUACUGAUAUUUUAAUGUCCCAAAUAAAAGCAUAUGAUUAUAAAGAAUUAUUGUAAAAGAACUCAAAUAACAUCGUAUUACUCAUCAGUAAUUAUCUCCUAAGAGAGAACUCUGACUCUUCUGCAUUGUAGCUGAAGCAAGGUAGGCUUUUCAUCAAGAUAAUUUUCCAUUUUUAUAACUGACAGAAUGUUUAUAAAGAAAGCAUUAAAAUUCAGACUUUUAAACUUCCUGAACUUCAAUGUUUUUUUAUUCUUCUUAUUUCAUCAAGAACAAAAGAUCAAAUUACAUUCACUCUAUAGUUAUUGUCUCAUCAGCUAACAGCCCCAGACUGAAAUGUUUAAGACAAAAAAAAUAAUUUUUAUUUAAUUUUCUGAAACUUUUUAGUACUUUGAACCAAAUUCAUAGAAUUCAUAUUUUCAGUUAUCCUUGCCAAAAUUUCAAUUUCAAAAUCUAAAGAACAAAUAUACAUGAAAUAUACAGAAUAUUAAUAUAUGGGAAAAAAAUAUUGUUAAAACUUUCUACAUACGUUUCUUACUUCUCCCAAUUAAUAAUAGCCCUUGACUAAAUAUCUUCUGUAAGCUUAUGCUGCUAUUGUAAUAAAUUCUAAGUAAUAAAAAUAAAUUGUUUCUAAGUGACCUGUUUUUUUGGGAAUAAAUUAGAAGAUGGAUACUGUAUACAGAUGAUAAAUACUGUACUUGGACUAGUUCAAAUAUGUUUUUACAUUAAUGAUCCAAGGUAACAGCAGAAAUAAAUUACAAUAAACUUUUAACAGAACCUAAUACCACCUUCAGUGUGGUCAUUAUGCUCUUCUCAGAGCUGUUUUGCUCCCAAAGUCUCACAGUCAUAAAGAAUAGAAGCAACCAACAAGUCUCUUGGUUUCAGCUAAUCUUCAUUUCAACACAAGACAUAUUUAUGGCACAUCUCAACAAUGGUUUCACACACAGAUCCUGUCUUAGAAAGAGUCACUGUAUUUGCAGCUUGUUUCAAUACUUGCCUUGACAUCUGCUGCUGAUACUACUCCACAGAUUUGGAAGAGGUGUUCAAAGGGAGCAAGAUCUUAUCUUCUGUAUACAAAACUUUAAGUACAUCGUGUGGCUGUGUACCAUCCCCUUGGCAAUACUGAGGGGCUCAGGCCUUGCUCAGAGCUCCCCUCUGGGCUCAGUGGUUGCACUGUUGCCUCUAUACCAAUGUUUCAUACUGUUACUCCAGGUCUCCUAUUUUCCUGCAUCUGCUGGUCAUUACAAUGGAGAUGCCCAUGGAUUUAGUCCAGAUGUUCACUGAUGAGACUUUCAUUCUUUUCCUAUUCCAACAGCAACAGCCUGAUGAAUAUGAAAAUCAUAAAAUUGAUCAACCAUAUGAUCUAAUCUUGAAGUUAUUCUGUUUUUGAGCUAGUGGAUGGGUUAGGUGGCAUCCAGAAGUUCUUUUCGGCCUAAACAUUCUUGUAGUUCUUUGAUUCCAUGGUGGCACCCAGUUCCUCCUUGACAUCAUUGUCCUCACUAAGUUCUGUCUCCAGCUUGUGCCAUAUCUGCUGAGAGAAUUCUAAGCCAAAGGUAACCUCAAUUGCCCCUUACAGUUCCUUCAUUAUUUGCUCAGCUGUGGCUGAGGCCUCAGGCACAACUUUUGACUUUUUCAUUACCUGUUUCAGUAUCUGACACAGCUGGAGAUAGGUUCUUGGAUUACUUAGAGCUUUGAUCUGCUGCAUCUUAAUCAGACACACUGCCCUACAUAAACACCGGAACCACCUAAAAAAUGCCCAUUUUUUGUAUCCAUCAAGUUGGCAGCAGUUAAAUUAAUCUUGUCCUCAGGUAGAUGCCCACCCUAGAAUGCACUAAACGGAAUUCUAGCAGCUCCUAAUUCUUUCUGUUGACUGUAAUGACAGUCUAGACAUUAUGUCUGCAACAGAAAUGUCUAGAUUUAAUAAUCCAAUUCCCAUUCCUAUUGUUUUAAUUAACUCCAAAUUUCAUUAAUGUAUGUAUGUGAUAUGAAGAUUCUCAUUGGAUAAGUGUACAUACAAAUGCUCUCUUAUACACAGCCAAUUUCCAGACCUCUCUAUGAAUUAGAUAGAAAGAGCUUAAUAUAUACAUAUAACUUGAAGUAAUGCAUCUGUCAAAAACUGGCAUCUUCCAUCUUUCAUUUCACUUUGUUCGUGGGAAGACAGGGAGAAAGCAGGGAGAGAAUUCAGAUAUAAGUUAACAGAAAUGGAAGUUCAUAAGCACCUAAGUAGAAAAAUCUAUUGUGGGCUGCAUUGGUCUACAUAGAUUACAACGUGUGAGAACUCAGGCACCUGACAUGGAACAGUAUUCUCUGCUAAGUACUUAAAGACAGUCAUUUAUUUUCCAAGGUACCAGUCUGUUACUAAGACUUGUGAAUAGGAAAUUAUUCUCCACUGUGUGAGGUUGAAGAAGUACAAAGUACAACAAAGGAGGGAAACACAAUACUAAGAACACACAUAGCAACAACAUUCUGAACUGUUGCUAGACUGUUACCACUUCAUUGACUGUAGCUUUUAUAUUGUAGUGUAUUUGAAAGCAGGUAUGCAGCUGACCAGAAGGGUGGCCUGAAUGUGCAUGUUCCUGCAGCAGCCAUCCACAGAUCUUCAAAAAUGUCAGGGAAGCUAAUAUUCAUAUCUGGAUUUUAAUUCACCAUCUGUAGCUAUAAUCAUUCUUAGGGAUACAUUUCAUGCUCAAAUAAAAAAAGGACUUGAAAAAAAAAGGUGCAUUUUUCUACAGAAUAUCUAGUAUGUAACAACUAAGAUAUGGUAAACUUUAGCAUAUUAGUCUUGGUAGGUUUGCAUUUCACUUGUAUUAUGAUACUCAAGGUGAAUCUCAAAGGGAGACAGGAGGAACAGAUCAGAACAUAACCGAAGACAUACCAGAAAUUUACAGCAUAUUUACUGUUCUAUAAUAAGCCACAAUUUUGCCUUUAUCUUAAUAGGGCCAAAAAGCAACAUAGUGAUCAGCCUAGAAGAGAACACUAACAUAAAACUUGACUUGAGUUUCAGGUGGUGAAAAUGGGGUGUAGUAGCUAAUCUAAAGUAGCUUGUGAUGUGAAAAUUAGUUUCUUGCAGUCCACUGGCCCCUCAUGGACCACAAGUUAAAAUAUGUCUCCCAGCGUUGGUUCCAACUUCAAAAAGGAAUUUUCCAUUCC